UACGCCAGCCGUUUGCGUAACCUCAUUCUCCAGCAGUCGCUUUGCGUCUUACGCGUAUGGUUGUCGUUGUUAAAGAAUUAUCUCGAGUUUCUUUAAGAGGCUGUGUUGGGUUCAGUCCUGCCACGACUAAGUAAUGAAUUGUCAAGAGAAGGUCUACCAUGGAGGGAGUUCUCUAUAAAUGGACCAACUAUAUUAGCGGCUGGCAGCCUCGUUGGUUUGUUCUUGAGGGAGGCACUCUUUCCUACUAUGACUCUCAAGAAGAUGCAUGGAAAGGAUGCAAGGGCAGCAUCAAAAUAUCUGUGUGUGAAAUUCAGGUUCACCCAUCGGAUUUCACAAGGGUUGAUCUGAUCAUUCCAGGAGAACAAUACUUUUAUCUCAGGGCAAUUAAUGCUGCAGAGAGGCAGAAAUGGCUUGUGGCGUUAGGGACUGCGAAAGCCUGCCUCACAGACAACCGAACCAAGAGAGAGAAGGAGCUCCAGGAAAACACAGAGGCUCUGAAGACAAAAAUGUCCGAGCUAAGGCUUUACUGUGACCUUCUCCUUCAGCAAGUGCACAGAAUACAAGAAAGUUCUCUAGCCGAGACGGCAGCUGAUUCAGGGGAGGUGGAGGACGAGACUGGAAAUCUAGUGAAGUCCACAUGCACCACCUUCUUGAAGACCCUGGAGGAGUGUAUGCAGAUUGCUAGCCAGGCAUUCAGUCCAGAUCUUCUGAGUCGGACCCCUCCAGGCUCUCCUCCUGUGGCUACCAUCAAACCUCAGAAGAUCAAAUUUACUGAUCCAAGAAAUCAGCUCCCAGGAGAAAAACAAAAGGACUUAAUAAACACCUCAGGAACAUCAGCACAUGAGAGUGGACCAGAAAACGAACCACCUCCAUCUCCUCAAGAAAACAUGCCUACAUCUCCUACAGGAAGUGGUUUAAUGGAGGACCAAAAGGAGUCCAUGGAGCCUCAUAAUGGCUCUUCAUCAAGCACACAGAACCCUGAAGAAUCUGUAGGAGAGGAGAAACCUCCUGCCCAAGAUAAACAACAGGAAGUCUCAUUAAGCCCCACACUGAACAAAGAAGAAGAGGACACUGAGGAAACCCAGGCUGACCCAGAAGUGAAUGAGCCUCAGUCUGAGAAUAAACAGGAAGAGGAAGAUAAGGUGGACACAUUCUUCAGUACCAUGAGCCACAGAUUUAGUGAUAUAAUACUGGAGGACGGCAGUGGUAUUCCCACACAGGCCUUUUUGGAUUCUUGCUAUGCUAUAGUACCAGUUUUAGACAAGCUUGGACCAACAGUCUUUGCUCCAGUUAAAAUAGAUUUUGUGGGAAACAUUAAGAAAAUCCAACAGAAGGUGGUGUCUGAUCCUGAGAGUUUCCCCACCCUACAGAGCAUCGUGCUGCAUGAGGUGGAGACGGAGGUGGCACAGGUGCGCAACUCGGCCACAGAAGCGCUGCUGUGGCUUAAACGUGGACUCAAGUUCCUCAAAGAAUUCCUUUCUGAAAUCAAUACAGGGAUGAAGGAUGUCCAGGGAGCUCUUAAUAAUGGAUAUGGAAAGACACUACGGCAAUAUCAUGGAUGGGUUGUUCGAGGUGUCUUUGCACUGGCUCUGCGGGCCGCCCCGUCCUAUGAGGACUUCAUGGCUGCUUUGGUUUCUCAUGAAGGCGAUGAGCUGAAGAAAGGCUUUACAACCGGCAUGCAUCGAGACCUGGAUAUCUACCUGCCAGCUAUGGAGAAGCAGCUGUCCAUCCUGGAUGCUGUCUAUGAGGAAUACAGCUUGGAAUCAGAUGAGAUCGUGUGACUGACACAAACCUGCUUCUGACGGAGCUCAUCGGUUUCAGUGGUGAAGUUGUAACUCUUUCGCCUGCUGUGGUUACCGAACCUGAAGUUAGUGUUGAAGAAAUCAGGGAGGUAUUUGUGAAUGCAGGGCUUGCAAAGCCUGAUCAGUAAGAGAGUGUUGGAUAAUAUGGCAUCUGUAGACACCAGUAACAGUCAUCCCUGCGAAAUUUAAACAGCCGCCAUCCAUAUAAUGCUAGCUGAGGGGGGCAGGGUGUGAUUCCAAGUGUUUUCAGGGAACAGCUGUAUUUUUAGAAACCUUCAGUGCAGUGAUCAAGUAUUUUGUUGAUGUUGGUUGUAUGUUUUUUUCAUACACAUUUAGGCACGAGAGCAUAAAUGGCAGAUAAGCUGAAGAUAUUAUAAUGGUUUACAGUUAAAGGGCAAAACUGCACUUGUGCUUUUCUUCUCACUUGAAAUAUUGCAUUACUUUUGUUCAGAUACUCACAUCUCAUUCGUUUUAGACUAGCACAAAACUAAGAACUUUUUCAGAGACUUUUGGGGAUUCAGGUAACAUGCAAUGUGUUCGUAAAACCAAGUACUUAAGUAUACAGAUACUGUGGUGGGCUAUUUUUUGCAGUGACAUAAUCUUAGUUUAAACAUUCACAAUGGCUCCAGUUCAGGACUUGUAGGUCAACUUGGUGAGAGGGACCAAAGGAGAGUUUCGUUUUCAUAGUUUAAUGGAGAGAUUUCCUACUAUAGAGAACAUGCAGCUGUGGCUCUACAAAAGGAAAGAUGUCAUGAUAUUUCCUCAGUGACUUUAUUUAUUGACUUAUUUAUAUGAAUAUUAAUUCUAACUGUUGAUUUUAUUCUAAGAAUCACACUAUGCUUACUCUCAAAUCAUAUGAAUGAUACUAAUUUGCAUGUUGCAUUGCAUGGGUUUUCUUUUUAUACGUCACAAUGAAUCAGAAUUAGAUUACUAAAUGAUUAGCACAUAAUAUGAGGAUGACUGUUCUCUUAGGUUCACAUUUUAUUCUAACUGCAUUCCACAAAUUUUUUUAAUUUGAUAAAUAUGCCUUUCAAACGUUGUAAAUGUCAGAAUUUUCAUGUUGUUCCAAACCUGUAUGACUUUCUACUUCUGAUAAACACAAAAGAUAUUAUGAAGUAUUUUGGUAACCAAAAAGUUAUUCUGUGAAUAUAAAAUACUGAGACAUAUGUUCUAUGUUCAGUUUUUGAACACCAUGAGGGUGUCAACAAACCUGUAUGAGUUUCUGUUGAACACAAAAGAAGAUAUAAAUAGUUGAUGUAGCUAUUGAUAUCCAUGUUAUGAAAAAAAAAUACUAUGAAAGUCAAUGGCUACCGUCAACUGUUUGGUUACCAACAUUCUUCAAAAUAUAUUAUUUUGGGUGAACUAUCCCUUUAAAUUCAGUUGAAAAGCAGAGCUUUGACAUGACAGCAUUAAGGAAAAUGUUUUGUUUUUUCCUCCCACGAAUAGCACAUAGGAUGUCACAACGCAACACAAUGUUGUCAUUCACUAUUUUUAAAAUAUGUCUAUAUGAUAUGCCUUUUUAUAUGUUUUUACUAAUUGUAAUUUUUUUAUUGUAUGUCAUUUAUACUGAAUUGCCUGUAGUGUUUUUAAUCCUUUUAAUCAAAAAUAUGCAAAAUGUCAUGAAACAUAUAUCGGUUUUGUAUUUUCAAACAGGCAUUAUCCAUUCAAGUGACCGUUUUAGACACAAGUAAUUUUACAUCAUCAUUAUGACACUCAAUCCUUCAAUCUCUGGACGUGGUUGCUGGGAUACUCUCACCACAACAAGGAUGAUCUCUAGACUCAAUAAUAAGGGCCAAGAAUAGAAGGAUUGUUUUUACGUGCACUUGUGCAUGUGUGAUAGAGGGAGACCAGUUUCUGGUGGUUUUGUUCAUCAAAACACAUGGCAAAUAACCAGAGGCAGUGGGCUUUUUUGACUAUUUUGAGAAUGUAAUGUACAUUACUAAUCUGUAGUGACUAAAUAUACUGCUACCAUUGAAUAUAGUUUUUAUUUAAGUGGGUGUCAUGACAGUUCAGAGAGGAGCUAUACUGCAUUCCAUACUCAAUGGAAACACUUUACCUAUGCAGCGUUGGUCCAUCCAUUUCCAGGGGAUGAUGGGAAAACAUUCAGGAGAACAUCUUGGGCAGGCAGCACAGUGGAAUUGGUACUUGUAUGCCAAAUUAACCUCUUGCAACACCGCCAGCACUCUAUCAAAAACUUCUUGGCCCAAUGAACAGAGUUUUCCAGUGACUUGACUGCAAGCUUCUUAGAAAGGGAGGUCUAAUAUGUUUAUUAGACCAAAGAGAAUGUAAACUAUUUUUGAUUAAGGAAUAUCACACAAGCUUUUAACAGUUCUGUUAAUAUUUAGUUAAUAAUUAAUAAUUUUUGCAUUCCACUUUGAUGCUUUUCAGUGUGCACAUGACAGCAUUAAAAAAAAAAAAACUCAUCUUUUAAAAAAUGCGUCUCUAGACCUUGCGUUUUGUUUUUAAAGGUGAAAAUGUGUUUUCUCUGAAUGACCCUUAAUGAUGUUUUUCAUUUCUGAAUGAAUCAACAUUCGUUAAAUGAAUCGAGGAAGUGAUACAGUGACUGCCUCCUGGACGAAGCAAUGAAUGUUGGUGUUGUUGUCGCUGUAACACUAUUAGAGCAUGGAGAGUACACUAUAACGAAUGUCUAGGGCUUCUGUUUUUAAUAAAUAAUGCAACGUUUAACAGAAUAUAAAUUCAAAAUGUGAAAAUAUAUUUUCCGGCAACACUGUA